GAAAUCUCAACUCUCGCGAGGUUUCGUUUUCCGGGUGUCGCUGGGGACGUUCUCCGAAAACUGCGUGACGAUGUGUGGGGACUGUGUGGAGAAGGAGUACCCCAAUCGGGGCACCACCUGUCUGGAGAAUGGAUCGUUCUUACUGAACUUCGCAGGCUGCGCAGUGUGCAGUAAGCGGGACUUUAUGCUGAUCACAAACAGAUCCCUGAAAGAGGAAGAUGGAGAAGAAAUAGUUACCUAUGACCAUCUGUGUAAGAAUUGUCAUCAUGUAGUAGCCAGACACGAGUAUACAUUCAGCAUCAUGGAUGAAUUUCAGGAAUAUACCAUGCUGUGUCUGUUGUGCGGCAAAGCUGAAGACACUAUCAGUAUUCUCCCUGAUGACCCCCGACAACUGACUCUGCUGUUCUGAGCCUCCUGUGGUUCCUCUGUAACUGUGCUGGCCUGGUUUAAAAUACAGCAAGCCUAAUGGUUUGUUUAGUAAUGAAA